UAUUGGGGAACAAAGAAAAUCAAACAACCCAAAGGAGAGAAGAAUGCUGCAACUCCAGUUCUUAUCUUCUCCCCGACUCUCUGUCCAAACCUUAAACCCUGACUCCAACUCCAACACCAAGCCUUUUCCUCCUUUCUCUUUCUCAUUCUCUUCACUCAAGUCCACCCAAACCCAUGCCUUUAAGUUUAAUCCCCUCUCUUUGACCCCAAAACCCUCCAACUUUUCUCUCAAAUGCCGCCAAUCUGAGUACUUCGACCAGAAACAGAGGUUUAAUAACUCUUCUCCCACUUCAUGGCCGCCACCUUUAGGGUUGCCGCCUAGGUUUUAUGUGGGUCAUUCAAUUUACAAAGGGAAGGCUGUUCUUACUGUGGAGCCGAAGGCCCCUGAGUUUGUGCCUCUAGAUUCAGGGGCAUUUAAACUAUCCAGGGAAGGUUUUGUGCUGCUACAGUUUGCGCCAGCUGCUGGUGUUAGACAAUAUGAUUGGAGCAGGAAGCAGGUGUUCUCAUUAUCGGUGACCGAAAUUGGAACUCUGAUUAGCCUACGUGCAAGGGAAUCAUGUGAAUUUUUCCAUGAUCCUUUUAAAGGAAAAAGUGAGGAAGGAAAGGUUAGGAAGGUCUUGAAGGUAGAGCCAUUCCCUGAUGGGUCUGGCCACUUUUUUAACCUUGGUGUUCAAAACAAACUUCUAAACAUGGAUGAAAAUAUUUCUAUUCCUAUCACACGAGCAGAGUUCACUGUCCUCAACUCAGCAUUCAGUUUUAUUUUGCCAUAUCUUUUAGGUUGGCAUGCCUAUGCGAAUUCGAUCAAACCAGAUGAGACUAGUCAUGGGAAUAAUGCAAAUCCCCGAUACGGAGGAGACUACGAGUGGAGCAGGUAGUUUGUAUCAAAGAUUGAUCAAAUUUUUCGUCGUAGGAUGACCUUUUUGUCAACUAUUCUGUGUUACAGCUAGCUUCGGGAAAAUUUUCCACAAAGAAUUUCUUCUGUGCCCUGUGCUUUCACAAUGAUGCUAGCAGUUUAAAUUAGUUUGGGUGUUAUAUGGUUGAGCCAUACAGUAUUAGACUGCAUUUGUUCGAUUCCAUAAAUUUCAUUGCCUCCCAAUGGCGCAUGGUUUUGGUGAUGGCUAUUUAUCCUAUAUCUGCUAACUAGUCUUGUGACUUGUCUAUGCAUGGAGGUACAUUUGACAUUUUUUU